AUGGCUCUUGAAGAUUCCAACAAGAUUUUGACCGCUGCCCGAGAUUUCAUUACUUCAGUUGACAUUUUCACAGCUGCUGAUCAUCAAUUAAACAGGCAGAAAUCGCAGGCGACAUCUGCUCUCGAAAAAGCCAGUCAGAACAUUGCUAGGGAGUCUAGCAACCAAAAUAUGCCUUUUUCUGCAUCACGCGACUUGGUCUGGGCUACCCUACUCCACCUCCACUUGCUGCAUGACCACACCGAUCGGCUGUCCUCGUCAAGCUCAAAGGCUGUUGUCUUAGGGAAUGUGGCCUCAGAGGGCGGAAAAGCGGAGGCCACUCAGACUAAUGAGAAGAUCAACAAAGUUGAUUUAGAUACUGAGCUCGAUGGACUGAAGUCUAUUAGCGAAAGUCAGAAUAGAGUAGUUCAAGUAGACUGGGCAGGUGCCAGUGUUUUCUCUGGCUAUCCCUGCAUUAUUCUUCUUCUUUCAUGGCUUUUGGAGCACUUGGAGCCAUACUCAGACUCCCCUAUUCCGAGUCCAGCUCUUAGACCUCCUCUUCCAUUAAACCUGAUCAACUUGAUCAACCAAUUGCUGUGCUCCCAGUUGAAGAUCGAUUUACCUCCUCUUGAUUCCGAAUCUAAAAUACUUCCUUCGCAGUUACAUCCACGUCAAAAUACAUUGGGACCAGGAGCCUCCUCUUCCAAAGCUCAGGAAGAUCAGACUUUUUCGAUUGGAGUCGAAGAUGAUCGGUACAUAACGACGAACUGGUUAGGCGAUUCGAACAAAGCUCAGAAAGCCAAAUUCAUAUCUACUGCGGUACAUCAGCAGUCAUUCGUAUGCCUGCCCGAGGCCUAUAUUCUCAUGGUAGGUAAUUGGACAGUUUAUUUGGAGACAAUCAUUAGAUCUUGA